AGAGAGCACAGAGAAGAAAAGAAAAACGAAACCUUCAGUUGUUUUGAGGCAACACUAGCAAUUUUUGAACUGAGAUGGAAUUCUCCAUUUGAAGGGCGAAUCGCGAAGAUGAAUAAUCCUAUUCGUUCAUUUGUUUUGCAGUUUUCCUGGUUAAAGAAAAUGGAUGCUCAAGCCCAGAAAAAGGCAUUAUUUCGUGCUAAAUUAAAUGCUCAGAAGAAGGAAAAGCGCAUAGAGUCCCCUCUUGUGAGGUAUAACGAAUUUGAUCAGCCAGUCUGCCGGGUUUGUGAUGUCGUGCUGAAGCAUGAAUCUAAUUGGGAUGCACACCAAAUUUCUCGUAAGCAUCGUGAGGCAAUAAGUAAUCUUAAAGCUAACGCAGCUGGAUUGGCGCAGCAAGGUCAUGCAAAGCCUGUUGCUGAUGCCAAGUUGCCUAAGCCUAAACCUGAGCAUGCGUCAGAAUCACAAUCUAAAAUGCCCAAUCAUUCACAAGAAUCGCUGAAACCUCAGCCAUCAUCUGUGCUUCCGCCGGAUUUUUUUGAUAACAAUGAUGCUAGAAAGCCAAGAUCAGAAAAGGACUCUGUCCAGUUGGUGGACCCUGAUUCCAAUAAAAGGACAGGGAUUUCUAUUCAGAGCCAAGCACUAAACUCAGAGAAGGUAAAAGGUGGCUUGCAUAUCAAUAAUGCAGCACAGCCAAAGGGAAGUCAGGAAGCAAUCGAGACUAGGCAGACAUCAAGCACGCCAGGUGAUACAGAAGCCAAACAAAUAAAAGGGAUUCUUCCUGAAGGGUUUUUUGAUAACAAGGAGGCUGAUUUGCGUGCUCGAGGCAUAAAACCUGUUAAGCCUGAUGUCAAGGACGAGUACAAAGAAUUUGAAAAGUUGAUUCAAGACGACUUGCUGGAGGUGGAUAACCGGUUUGAAGAAGAAGAGAUUGAUGCUGCUGAAAUGAUUGAAGAAGCUGAAUCUGUAGAGCAGAGGAACAACAGAGAGAGAGUGGAGAAGUUGAGGAAGAGAAGAUUGGAGUUGAAGGCUGCUAAAGAUGCAAAGCAUAGUAAAACUUCUGAGGUGGUAAUGGAUUCUAAACAUGACGAGCCAUCAAGUGAUGAGGACAGCGAUGAUAAUUUUGCUGUGGACUGGAGAGCACAACACCUGUGAAUAAUUUCGUUUUUUCCCCCUUAAUACUUGAGAAUAUGUAUGAGAUGAUCUGGUUCCUAAAGCUGAAGUAUUGUGUACAUUAAUAUUUGUAGGACACUCGGAAUUUGUAAAACUUUUCAUUUAACUCCUGCCUAAUAGCAGCCAAUCUUGUAUCAGUAGAGGACUGCAUUACAUUACUUUUGUUUGUCUUGUGCCAACGGAGAACCGCAUUGCAUUAUUA